GAUUCGUCCACCAUUGGCAUCUCCUCAUACUCGACCAGUGAACAAGAAAGAAUCCUGACCAAUAGCCCCCGCAAGAAGGAAAGGAUCUGGACCCGGAGAUUUGAGAAGGUCAACAAGUGUCUGCAGCAGUGGGUUCUGAGGGCCAACAACUCGUUGCCCUCCUUACACCAUCGGUAUUAAGGUCAUUGUCGAAAUAUAACCAAAAACCUCGGAUAACAAUAUUGCCAAUACUUCAUCCCACUGCAUGGCCAAUCGUUCACCGAGGAUGGGGGUCUCAUUGGAGCCAAGGUUGCUUGGUUGCAACCAUCGCAGCCAGCAUCAUUUCUUUUUUCAUCCACUGGACCUACGGACGAGGCCACACAGCGGAACACAGACAACCUUCGCUCGAGAUUGCAAGUACAAACCUUAGCCAUUGUUUGGACAAGAUUUUUUUUCCAUCGGCGAGUAAAUAUUCACUGCCUGAAGGGUGAGACAGGAUUAUCCAGGGGAUUGGGCUGGUUCGUCAUUCGGCUCCGAGUGGAGCGUGCCGGAUAACUGAGAGGCUCAACAAUACUCCCGGACUUUUCGGACGGACAUUAUUUUGGGGUCAAUUAAAUUGCCGGACGAUUUCGUGGCUUUGAGAUGUCUCUCGGGGCGGAUCUCCUCUUUCAUGGAACGGGGUAAAUGGAACGUACGAGGAGGUGGAGAUAACAUCAGAUUAGAAAGUCUAGGUGGAAUCACGGUCAGGCGCAAAGACUAUUUCGAGAUUAAAUCAGGAAGGAGGUGUGAAAGGUUCCUUCUGGAGACAUCACUUCAUUGCUGGUAUUUACGAAACAAUGUGAACAUGGAAUCAACGAUAGAUAUCACUAAGCAUUUGGCGCGGGUCAAGAACCCCAUGACUACAGGCUGUGGCUUCAAUGAUAUACCCGAUUACCACCCCGAAAGCCUGAUCACCAGAAUAACUUUGGUCAUGAUGAUACUCACCUGAAGCUCGUUGACAAGUUUCUCGGUGAGGGUGGCGUCGUGGGAGUCCUGG